CGUCUGUGCGCGCAGAGUCAUAUAAAGCAGAAUCUGAUCUUUUUGCUGGAUUUAAACAAGCAGUUUUGUACUUUUAUUAUUUUUAAAAGUCAACAAAAAAUGCCCCCACGCAGCAAGAAACGCGGCAUUCCGGACAGAUGGCUGGAUUAUAAAGCUGUGGGGAAAAGACUUGAUGGGACCCGCUUCAUCGCCUUCAAAGUGCCUCUGAAACAGUCUCUGAACAGCCACCUGCCUGCUUCUGAGGUCUUUGGCCCCUUGGAGCUGCUUGAUGCUCUGAGGAAAGACCAUCAAGAACUUGGUUUGAUCAUUGACCUGACUUUCACCACGCGUUACUACAAAUUACAGGAUUUACCCGACUCACUGAUGUGGUUGAAGAUCUUUACAGCCGGGCACGAGGUUCCCAGCAACGCUACGAUUCUCAGCUUCAAACGUGCUGUGCGCAGGUUUCUACGGGAGAACGCACACAAUGAUCUUCUGAUUGGAGUCCACUGCACCCACGGUCUGAACCGCACUGGCUAUCUGAUCUGCAGGUAUCUGAUCGAUGUUGAUGGGAUGGACCCCAAAAAGGCCAUAGAGUUGUUCAGGUUGGCGAGGGGCCACGCUAUUGAACGAGAGAACUACUUGAGAGACCUCCACUGUGGCCCAAAGAGGAGCAACUAUGGGAUCGAUGAGCCUGAGCAGGAGCCGCUGAGAGGUCAUGCUGUACAUCGGCCGUGUCCCACGCCGUCUUCCUCCGACGCCAGCAGGAGGAGCCUGCCACAUGUUAAUGAGCCCUGGUGCCAGAGGGUCACGGGGGAGCUGAAGCGUAUCACUGCAGACGUUGAGCAAGAGGCAGGGUACACCCUGGACAGGACACCAGUCUAUCGCAGGACGUUACCUCAUAGACAGAUGAACUAUGGCUUACCUUACAGUCUUCCACGUGUCGAGCCUCAUCAAGCCUUACCUCCUAAACCUCCGUCUCAUCCAGCCAUGGUAGUCCCUCAGCAACCAUAUCGGUGGGCUCCUCCCCAUUCCUACUGUCCUGACAUCGAUCCCUUCCACUCACAGCAGAGCAGGACCAACUGUCCUCCAGUGCAGUCCAGAUGGAAGUCAGCUUCCCAACCUUCUCAGCGUCCUCUACGAUGGCACAGUUCCACGUCCUGGAUUCGGUCUAAAGGCUAUGGCCAUGCUGGGAAUGCUGCUGGUCUCUGUGCAGACUUUGUAGAUCCGUACACACACUGAAUGCCCGCUGUUGAAGCAGACUUCAGCACACUCACCUCCAUAUCUGUUCUUCAUUUUGAGAUGGUGCAAAAGACAAGAUAUUAUCUCCAGGGAUGUUGUAGAGUGGCGGACCACAGCAGCGGAGGAUCUGUUGUUGGUGACGUUCCUCUGUGGACAAGCCUACAUUUGAUGUCCACCUGCAUAUGACAUCCUGGAGAUAUUGUUUGAGUGGUCUGGACUGGCUGCAGACCGUUGGUCUGCCUGUGAACUGUCAGUCUGCAGACUGCCUGCAGACCAUCGGCCUGCAGACGUGGUCUGUGGGCUUCUUGCAGGCUUUAUUUGUAACUGCCCAGUUUGUGUAACUUUUUAAGGAUGUAGACUGGAUGUCCACUGUUCUGAACAAGUCCUUUGUUUCGAGGGUCACAUCAUGUAAACCACCCACAAAAAAAGGCUUCCAAACAUCAUCUCUAAUUAACCAGAAGUAUUUUUAAGAGCUUUUCCACAGAUCAACAAAGUGGGAAUAAAAUAUUUUUGUGCAUAGAAGAAACAGACAUUAACACAAACAUACCUGGCAGUUGCCAUAGCAACUGUUUACUAAGUUUUUCUAAAAUGCUGGAAUUAGUGUGGAUUAUGAUUUUGUUUGUUUUGGUGCGGGGAUGUGAGGGGAUCUGCUGCUGUAAGGUCCAUAUAACACGUGAUGCUUCUGCCACAUGGUGAUGUGCUUUUUGAGGAAAACAUUUU